AUGACAAGCAAUACAACUGAAAUACCCUAUCAUUUUUUACCAUAUGUAAGAAUUCAAUAUGAUUGGCAAUUGGCAUAUAAACAAGAUUCAGAUAAUUGUUGGGUUGCAUAUCAAAAAGAUUUAAAAAAUACAAUUCAUGGAUCAGUUCAUUCUACCAAAAUUGAUGAAAAUAAUUUUAAAUUUGAAUCUGAUUAUGGAUUUAAAUUAACACCAAAUAAAGAAAAUAAAAAUAAUAUUAGAGUUGAAAAUGAUAAAUAUAGUAUUGAAAUAUAUGCACCAGAGAAACAGUUAAAAGUUUCAGGUGGAAAGAAAAGAAUAACAUCAAUGGGUGUUAGUCAUUUAGGAGAGUUGGGUGUAUAUGGUAGUACUGAUGGUACAUUGGAAGUAUUUGAAACUGGUGAUGGUCAAAUUAGAAGAAAAUUAGAUGGUCAUGUUGGUGAUGUUGAUUUGGCAAUGUUUUUCCCAAGUGGUAGGGUUAUACUAAGUGGUUCCUCUGAUAGUAGAUUAAAGAUUUGGGAUGCUAUAGAAGGCACAUGCGCCUCUACAUUGGUCGGACACAUCGGUGGUAUAACAUCGGCAUCAUUGGUUGAUCGUGGUAGAAAUUUAGUAUCAUGUUCACGUGAUGGUACAAGUAAAUUAUGGGAUAUACCAACAUCAUCGAUCAUUUCAAAUUUAACAAAAUUAUCAAGACCAAUUAAUGAUAGUUUUAUAGCAUCAUCAUUACUUGACUCAAUUCCAACUACCACCACUACAAAUAGUAAUGAUAAUAAUAAAGUUGAUGAAAGAGAAGUGGGUACAGAUGGUAAAACAUUGAUUAUAGCGGCAGAAGAAGGGUUUUUACAAGCAAUUGAUUUGAGAUCAAAGAAUAUGAUAUCACAAAUGAAUGUUGUACAAUCUGGUGAAAAGAGUACAAGAUCAGUUGCAUUCAAUGCUUGUCAUGUACAUAAGAAUUAUAUAAUUGGUGGUGACCAUAAUGGUUCCAUUUACUUUUGGGAUAAGAGAAAUUUAAAUUCACCUUUUUGUAGAUUACAAUUUACAAACUCACCAAUUCAUCAUAUAAAGGCAAAUUCAUCCAAUUCAAAGAUUGCAAAUUCAAUUUGGGUUACCUCUGGUGAUGGUUGUUGUUUCUUGUUGGAUUUAGAUAAAAAUCAAAUCAUAACCUCUUUAUCUGGUAUUGAUACUGAUGUUGUAACUUCUUUUAAUAUCGUUGGAAAUCAAGCUUAUUUAACUUCCAGAGAUUCAAUCAUUAGAUGUUAUAAUAAUUUAUUAAAUAUUUAA